AUGAUGGUAUCGGCGUCUCCGUCGUUGAUAGCGAGGAGCUCGUUAGAGGAAAUGUUGGAUUCGCUUCGGCGAAGAGAUGAGGGCGAGAAGCCAAAGGAAUUGCCGCCGGCAUUGCCAGCUCGGCCCACUUCCAAGGCACGGCUGCCGUCAGCGCGCCGGUCUUUGCCCAACAACUUCAAGGUCGAAGACGCAGAGGGGUCGCCAGAGUGUUUGUCUAGUCUGAACAAGAGGAAAGAGAGAGAUUCAGGGUUCAAGGCAGGUCAUUUUGGUGUCAAGAGGAUGGAUAAAGAUCAGAAUGUUGAGUCUCCGUACGAUGGAGCACCGGAGGAGUGUCAAAUUCGGCCAGAGAAGAUUGGAAAGUCGGAUUGGGAUGACAACAUUGGUUAUUUCAUCAAUAAGAAACUUCAUGUUUGGUGUCGGCUACGCAGUGGGCUGUGGGAGUUAGGAACAAUACAGUCAACUUCAGGGGACGAGGCAAUUGUUUCGCUUUCUGAUGGAAAUGUAAUCAAGGUGUGCAGAGUUGAGCUCUUACCUGCAAACCCAGAUGUUCUGGAAGGCGUGGAUGAUCUUAUGCAGCUUAGUUAUUUGAAUGAGCCUUCCGUUCUUUACAAUCUUCAAAGUAGAUAUUCUCAGGACGUGAUUUAUAGCAAAGCAGGGCCAGUUUUGAUUGCAAUCAAUCCUUUCAAAGAUGUCCAAAUUUAUGGAGAUGAUUUUGUCACAGCUUACAGGCAGAAACUAGCAGACAAACCUCAUGUUUAUGCCAUAGCAGAUAGUGCUUAUAAUGAGAUGAUAAGAGAUGAUGUAAAUCAGUCCAUAAUCAUAAGUGGGGAAAGUGGAGCUGGGAAAACUGAGACAGCAAAAAUUGCAAUGCAAUACUUGGCUGCUCUUGGUGGUGGCAGUUGUGGCAUAGAGCAUGCAAUCCUUCAGACCAGCUGUAUACUGGAGGCGUUUGGAAAUGCCAAAACAUCCAGAAAUGACAAUGCCAGCCGAUUUGGGAAGUUGAUUGAAAUUCAUUUUAGCACACUGGGAAAAAUAUGUGGUGCCGAAAUCGAAACAUUUUUUUUGGAUAAGUCAAGAGUCGCUCGAUUGGAAGAUGGUGAGAGGUCGUACCAUAUCUUUUAUCAACUCUGUGCUGGCGCUCCAUCAAUGCUUAAAGAGAAGCUAAAACUUAAAAGGGCUAGUGAGUACAAGUAUCUUAAUCAGAGUAAUUGCUUGGCAAUUGAUGGUGUAGAUGAUGCAGAGAAGUUUCAUAUGCUUAUGGAAGCACUAGACAUUGUUCGAGUUUCUAAGAAAGAUCAAGAACAUGUUUUUUCAAUGCUGGCUGCAGUAUUAUGGCUGGGAAACAUAUCAUUUCAAGCAACUGAGAAUGAAAAUCAUGUGGAAGUGUUGGCUGAUGAAGCUUUAACCAAUGCUGCCAUGCUGAUGGGUUGUAGUUCCCAGGAUCUGAUGCUAGCUUUAUCCAUCCAUGAAAUCCAUGGUGCCAAUGCUAGUAUUGACAAAAGAUUGACAUUGCAACAGGCAAUUGAUGCAAGGGAUGCAUGGGCAAAAUUUAUCUAUGCGAGCUUGUUUGACUGGCUUGUAGAACAAAUUAACAAGUCACUUGCAGUGGGAAAAUGCCAUUCUGGGAGAUCCAUCAGUAUACUUGAUAUUUACGGGUUUGAGUCAUUUCAGAAGAACAGCUUUGAACAAAUGUGCAUUAAUUAUGCAAAUGAGAGGCUGCAACAACAUUUCAACCGGCAUUUAUUUAAGCUUGAGCAGGAGGAGUAUGAACUGGAUGGGAUUGAUUGGACUAAAGUGGAUUUUGAAGACAACCAAGAGUGCUUGAAUCUCUUUGAGAAGAGACCUUUAGGGCUACUAUCUUUGUUGGAUGUGGAGUCAAACUUCUCCAAGGCAAAUGAUUUGACUCUUGCUGAUAAAUUUAAGCAACACUUGAAUGCUAAUUCUUGCUUUAAAGCAGAAAGAGGCAGAGCUUUCAGUAUUCGUCAUCAUGCUGGAGAGGUUCUAUAUGACACAAGUGGCUUCCUCGAAAAGAACAGAGAUCCUUUGCCCUCAGUUUCCAUCCAACUCCUAUCAUCAUGCAGUUGCCAACUUCUGCAGUUGUUUGCCUCCAAAGUGGUUAAGCAGUUCCAGAAACCUGAAAAUACUUCGUGCCAGAUAAAUUCAUUGGAUCCUCCAAAACCAAGCACUGGUAUUAAGUUCAAGGCUCAAUUAUUUAAACUAAUGCACCAUUUGGAGGGCAGCAGACCUCACUUCAUUCGCUGCAUAAAGCCAAACAGUAAGCAGCUUCCCGGUGUGUACGAAGUAGACCUUGUUUUACAACAACUUAGGUGUUGUGGAAUUUUGGAGGUUGUCAGGAUAACACGAUCUGGAUAUCCUACUAGAAUGACACAUCAAGAGUUUGCAGGAAGGUAUGGUUUUCUACUUUUGGGGGCUGGCGUACCUCAGGAUCCAUUAAGUCUAUCCAUUGCUGUUCUAAAACAAUUCAAUGUCCUUCCUGAAAUGUAUCAAAUUGGCUAUACAAAAGUGUAUCUUCGAACAGGGCAGAUUGCUUUAUUGGAGGAUAAGAGAAAGCAAGUUCUGCAAGGAAUAAUUGGUAUUCAAAAAUACUUCCGUGGUAAUCAGGCUCGUCACCAUUUCCAUCAACUUAAGGAAGAUGUUCUUGGUGAAAAAGCUGGAAGGAGAGCUGGUGCACGUGAAACUCUUGAUGACCCGCAAAACUCAAAGAAGUUACAUCCUGAGAAUGCGAAAUUUAAACAAAAGGCUGGCAGGAAGAAUUCAGAAGUGAAGGAUUUGCCAUCAGAUUUGGCAGAGCUUCAAAGGCGGGUGCUUCAGGCUGAAGCAACUCUGGAGCGAAAGGAAGAGGAAAAUGCUGAAUUGCAGGGGCAACUACGACAGUUUGAGACAAGAUGGUCAGAAUAUGAUGCAAAGAUGAAAUCUAUGCAGGACGUGUGGCAAAAGCAGAUGGCGUCUUUACAAACGAGUCUUGCUGCAGCCCGAAAGAGUCUUGCUUCUGACAGUACUGCUGGUCAACCUGGAAGACUAGUUGUUGCUUCAUCACCUCGCUAUGAUUCUGAAGAAGCCUUGUCCAUGGGAUCUCGAACUCCUGGUGCAAGCACACCCAUCAAUGGAGGAGGGCGUGAGACUAACGGUACUUUGCAUGCAGUCAGCAAUCUGAUGAAGGAAUUUGAGCAGCGGAAACAGCAUUUUGAUGAUGAUGCGAAAGCUCUAGUGGAGGUAAAACCUGGGCAUUCAGGUGUAAAUAUGAAUCCUGAGGAAGAGCUACGAAAACUUAAACACCGAUUUGAGUCAUGGAAGAAAGAGUACAAGGCAAGAUUACGGGAGACAAAGACAAAGGUUCAUAAACUUUGGCAUUCAGAAGAGGAAAAAAGGCGUAGUAGGAAAUGGUGGGGAAAGAUAAGCUCAAGAGCAUCCUAG